GUGGGAAAAGCGAGUAAAAUGGGAAAUUGAGAAGUGAGCGCGUGAGAGAGAGAGAGAGAGAGAGAGAGAGAGAGAGAGAGAGAAUGAUCGGAUCGGAACAGUUAGAGAGAAACGUGGAGCGGUGUGUGCAGUGAAAAAUGGCUGCUAUCGUGUCUCUCAGUGGAAGGCCUUCCUCUGGGCUCUGCAAAAUCAAUGGCAUUUCCGUCAUUCCUCCGUUUAGGGUUUAAUGGCGGCUCUGGCUGCGGCUCCCCCUAGGGUUUUUCCAUUUUAUCCCUAUCCUCUCUCCUCUCUCUCUCACCGCUUUCGAUCGGUUUCCAUAUAUUUACUCUCUUUCACUCAUGAUUCUGCUUUCUCUGGUUUCAAUUUCAAUUUCCUGAAUAAAGCUGAAAUGGGCAUGAUGGAUGUGUUGAGACGAAAGAAUAAGGUGGAACGUGUAGAGGAUGAUACCAAGAAAUACUGUGUUGAUUGUAAGACUACCAAGACCCCUUUAUGGCGUGGAGGCCCCGCUGGACCUAAGUCACUGUGUAACGCAUGUGGGAUCAGGUUUAGAAAGAGAAGAGUCUCCACCAUUGGAACCAACAGAGGGUGUGACAGAAAGAGAGAAAAGGCUCAUAGCCAUGGCGGCUCCACCACUGCCGCCAUGUCAGCCACCACUUCCUCUAGUGCCACCGCUGCCGAUGCAAAAUCCAACAACGGUGGCGCAGAUGGGGAGGAGGAAGAAGAGGAUUUAGGGGAAUGUGGGUCAUUGAGGAUGAGGCUGAUGAUGGCGUUGGGGGAGGAGGUGGUGGUGCAGCAGAAUAUUUCGAAACAGCGGCCCCCGAGGAAGCUCGGGGAGGAGGAGCAGGCAGCGGUGUCGUUAAUGGCACUGUCCUGUGGCUCUGUGUUUGCCUGAACCAGAAGUAGGAAGAAGAAGAAGGAGGUACAGAAGCAGUAGUAGUAUUUAGUAUUUUACACAUCAAAGUUCUAACCAAUACCAAUUACCAACCAAAGAAUCACCAUCACCUCCUUUUCUGCAUAUUUUGUCACUUUUUUUUUUUUUUUAACCUCUAAAUUAAUGAAAUGGAAGAGACCCAGAAUAGUAGGAAUUGGGUUUCUUCCAAAAAUGGUAGUGUUAGGGAAAUCAAAAAGAAAGGAGAUUUAGGGAGAUUCAAAAUGAUGGUUUUGUGCAGUUGUUGUAGGGCUGUAGUUAUUUUUCUUUUCUUUAAUUCAUGUGUUCAUAUGCCACCAAAAUGACACAAAUCUACAUAAGCCUGUUCUCUCACUCUCUUCCCCAAAGAAAAGAAAAUUACUAUGGUUAUAACCCAAUUUGGGUUUAAA